AUGGCCACGCAACUCUCUGAAGGACUAGCCGAGAUGCGGAAAUGUCGCGACGGUAUCUUGGAGUUGCAGCGAAAGUUGAUGCGUGAGGAUCCCAACUUUUCACACGACAAAAGAGAUCAAAGUGGGGAUCUGGAGGAGGUGCGAGUCAUCCUCAAAGCUCAAGAACGGGAACUUUCGAAGUUGACUGGAAUUGUCAACCGGUUGUCCCUGUCCACACCAAAUGGUGAUAACUCAGCGGGCGAGGUGACGGAGGUGGCUCGUGUAGUGCCGUCUGGGAAGUUGCUUUGCAAUGUCACCGAGCAUCACAAUUUGGAAGACUACAUUCAACACCUCCAGGGCGUUGCCGAUGAGUUACGACAACAGCUUCAUCAGAAGAGAGACCGAGAAUGCGAGCUAACUCGAGUAACUAGUGAGCUGCUGGCGAGCAAGGAGGAGCUUGUACGCGCCAAUGACAAAGUGAAAUCUAUACUUGCGGAGCGCUCGUCGCAAACUGACCAAUCCGAUGUCCAAAGGGCAGAAUCGCAUCGCCUCGAGGCAAAGAUCGCAGAAUUGACUGGCCACCUUGAUGCUCUGAAAGCGGAGAUUGUUGCCGUGGAACAACAGAAGGAGCGACGGAAAGAAGAAUUGGUGGAGAUUUCUCGACGCGUUGAGGAAAAACGCUUACAAGCAGAGAGGAAAAACUCCCAAGCAUUCACCGGUUUUACCACAGAAACCUCCGUUGUGGGCGAUGGGAAUCAACGAUCAGACAGCAGCCACUCCAUCUCACCACGUUUUGAGUUGGAUCACCUGCAACCGAAGAUUGCGGAAGCUCGCGCUCGCAUGGAGACCCUCUCAAGGGAGAUUGGCGCUCGCACUGCGGAGUUGGAGCUCCUUCGCUCCAAGAAGGCUCAAGAGACACAUCUAGCUGACGUGCAACUGGAGGCAACUCGUCGUGAACUGCGACUUAAGCUGGACGAACUCAGCAGUGCCAAGGAGGAGUUGUAUUCUAUUCGUCAGGAAAGGGAUCGUGUGGUCUCCGAGCUGCAAACCUCUCGACAAACUGCCUCCCUGCACCCAACCUCUGAUGGCAUUCCAACAAUCAGUAGAGAUGCGAGCGAAUUAACACAGCGCUUGCAAAACCUUCAAGCCGACAUCAUUCGACAUAAAGACGAGAUCUCUAAGUUAGAGGACCAGAGGAGGGCAAAGAAAGAAGAAGUGAUCCAUCUUGAUAAGUCCCUGACUGAGGCAAAAGAAGAACUAAUCCUGACUCAAACUCGUCGACAAAAUGCGGAGGCUCAGCUGUCACUGACACGGCAGAAGGGUGAACUAUUGAAGGGUCAACUGGAGGCGUUUGAGGCCAGUGUCGAGGUGAAGCAGAAACUCAUCUCUGACCUCUGCUCUUCCUCGGAGUCUCGAAUCGUAGCGAUGGAUAAGGAGCUCCAGCGUAUGCUUAGCUCCACUCAGCAAAUCUCCUCGGAGCGAUCCACAGCAAAGACAGAGCUAACUCAACUCCAGCAACAGCUUCAGGCAGGCGCAAAUGAGCUCCAAAAUCUGAAGGAUCAAAUCUCAACAGCUCGUCAGAGUUUGGACAAAUCCGAUUCCAACCCUAAGGUCUCACAAGCAAGCGAAAAACUCCGGGCUCUGAAUGAGACAAUCGCUGCUCAAGUAGCAGAAUCUGAAAAGUUAGCUCGCGAGAUAAAAAACGAGAUCGAGGUGUUGAUUGGUGACAAAACAAAGUUGAUGGAAGACCACAGCCAACUGGUUACGGAGUUAGCGACAACUCGCAGUCAACUGGAGGCAACACAACGGGCAUGUAAAAAGUUGAAACGCCGAACUGCUAAGGAACUGGCCGAUCUUGAACGCGUGGCGGAGGAGCAGUGUAACCGAGCAAGUGUCUUCGCUGAAGAGUUAGCUCUUCUACGUCGAAACUACACCUACCUCCAGGCCAGGGUGUCCACUUUUGGCACUCUGAUGGACGAAGUUUUCUUGGUAAACGGCAAAACAGAUGUCGGUGAGAAGAUGGGUUGCACUGGUCACACUCGAGAUGCCAUAAUUGUCGCUGAUGGCAUUGAUUCCUAUCGUUAUCACAUCUUUCAGAUUGCAGCCAGCGAAGAGGUUUCAGAUCGUGAGCGCCGUCUUCAAGAGGCUCUAUUUGCAAUCAAGACUGAACUAGCUGCCUCUAGUCCUACCGCUAGCGGUAUCGAUGCAGCCUUGAGACAUUUCGAUGCUAUCGAAUCACUAGUUCGUCGAAACCUCAACUCUCCGUUGAAUGGGUUUUCCACCACCCAUCUCAAAUCCUUCUCCUCUGUUCCUGGCGGGAGCGCUGAAUCAGUUGGAGAGGAGCAACGUCAUCCACUGCCCCCGCAUCCCACUUCUACGAAGAACGUUCGGCCACCGUCCUCAUCCGGUUUGGGAUCGUCAAUAACUCCCCAAUCCUCUUCCGAUGAUAGGCUUCUUAAUCUUCAGGAGCAGGCGAGGCGGCGACUGCUUGAGCAUCAAACCAAUCUGGAGAUUGAACGGUUGAAACAGCAGAUAGAGGCGAUCGCCACCCCUAAUGCGUCGGCAGAGACGCGGCAAUGA